CCUGUCCCCCCCCCCCUCCUCCCGGGGGCGCACCUGGCGAGCGGCAGUGCGCAUGCCCGGGCCGGAGCCGGUGGCUUUGUGUUUUUCGGGGGGAUUUCUGUUUGGCCGGCAGCCGCUGUGCGCAUGCGCGGUGUGGUAGCCGGUUAUGGCGGCGGUGUGUGUGUGUCCAUGAGGCGGGCAGAAAGGGCCAUUUUUCAGGACUGAGAGAGCAGAGAGAGACCGAGGCCAUGGCUGGCGUGUUCGAUAUUGACCUGGACCAGCCGGAGGAGAAUGUCUCCGACGAGGAGCCGGAAGAAGGGGCUCAGAUCAGUGAAUACAUGGAGCAGUGCAGUGGCUUUGACUUGAUGUCAUAUGGACACAACAUGGAACACUGUGAAAAGUUUGAAAUCUCAGAAGACAGUGUGAACAAAGGAACAGAGAAAAUUCGUCCAGAAUGCUUCGAGUUGCUUCGUGUCUUAGGAAAAGGAGGUUAUGGAAAGGUCUUUCAAGUUCGGAAGGUGACCGGAGCCAACUUGGGAAAGAUAUUCGCCAUGAAGGUUUUGAAAAAGGCGAUGAUCGUGCGAAACGCGAAGGACACGGCUCAUACUAAAGCGGAGCGGAAUAUCCUCGAGGAAGUGAAGCACCCCUUCAUCGUGGAUCUCAUUUACGCUUUUCAGACGGGCGGAAAGCUUUACCUCAUCCUCGAAUACUUGAGCGGUGGAGAGCUUUUUAUGCAGCUGGAAAGAGAAGGAAUUUUCAUGGAGGACACUGCCUGCUUUUAUUUAGCAGAAAUCUCCAUGGCUCUUGGACACUUACAUCAGAAAGGGAUCAUCUACAGGGACCUAAAACCAGAAAACAUCAUGCUUAAUAACCAAGGUCAUGUGAAACUGACCGAUUUUGGACUCUGUAAAGAAUCAAUACACGAUGGCACAGUCACCCAUACCUUUUGUGGUACAAUAGAGUACAUGGCUCCUGAGAUCCUCAUGAGGAGCGGACACAACCGGGCUGUUGACUGGUGGAGUCUGGGGGCCUUAAUGUAUGACAUGCUGACGGGAGCACCACCCUUCACGGGUGAAAACAGGAAGAAAACUAUUGACAAAAUCCUGAAGUGUAAACUCAACCUUCCACCCUACCUCACACAAGAAGCCAGGGACCUUCUCAAAAAGCUGCUAAAAAGAAAUGCCUCAUUACGGCUGGGAGGUGGACCAGGAGAUGCCACAGAAGUGCAGGCUCAUCUCUUCUUCAGACACAUUAACUGGGACGAUCUCCUUGCCCGUAAAGUGGAGCCGCCUUUCAAACCCUUCCUACAAUCUGCCGAUGACGUGAGCCAAUUUGAUUCAAAGUUUACAAGCCAGACCCCUGUAGACAGUCCUGAUGACUCGACACUCAGUGAAAGUGCCAAUCAAGUCUUCCUGGGGUUUACAUAUGUAGCUCCUUCGGUACUGGAAAAUGUAAAGGAGAAAUUUUCUUUUGAGCCAAAAAUCCGAUCGCCUCGACGAUUUCUGGGAAGCCCAAGAACACCCGUCAGCCCAGUGAAGUUUUCAGGGGACUGCUGGCCACGAAGUCCUGUCAUUCCGGGAGCUCCCGCUGUCCAGGCUCCGACGGAAUUCGCCAUGGAUGUGUCCGGGGUGGAACACAUGGACGUAACCGCUAGCGGGGAAGCCUCCGCCCCACUGCCGAUCAGGCAGCCAGCGGGCGCCGGCGCCGUGCCCUUCAAAAAGCAGGCCUACCCCAUGAUCUCCAAAAGGCCAGAACAUUUACGUAUGAAUCUAUGACCUUCAGCCAGCUCUAGGGUUUGUUUGUUUGUUUGUUUGUUUUUUAAGGACGCUAGAAAAUAAAAUCGUGACGUGCCCCCACCAGCUGCGCCACUGACUCCCCUCCAGACAAGCAUGUGCACAGAGGAGCCCGAGUGUGUGAGACAGGGGCUGCAAGGGGCUCUCGCCUCACCACGUCACCCGUUCAGAUAUAUGCUCCAGUUGCCUCUGAUCAGGUGUGAGGAUGAUUUGCAGACCGGGCCUGAAUGCUGGACUUUUUUUUUUUUAUUAUUAUUUUGUAAAACCAUUGUAGCUCAUAAGAAGAAGAAAAAAAAAACGGGAAUCCGUUUCGGCAGAGUCCACUCCACCUCGUAUUGACUGGAUGAGAAUUAUGUGCCGGGGCCCCAUGUCAGUUAAUAUAAUGCUGUUAAUGAAUUGCUUCCACUGAAUGCUUGAAGUUCUCGCAGUAUUACUCUGAACGUGGCAUUGCUUCCCCAAUCAGAAUAAAAUCACUUUAACGAAACUGUAAAACAAAAUGGACUCCCUUCAUUAGUCAGGGAUUCUUCAUAACUGUCAUCUUGUGAGUUGUUUGCAAAAAAGGGAUGCAAUUGGUAUACUGAGUUAAUGAAACGAUAUAUUGUAGUCACAAUAAAAUAAAAAGUUAGUUUUACUUUUUUAUAUACUUUCCUGUUUAAUCACGUGAAUUGAUUUCAGCUGUAUUUUUCCGACUCGUGAGCUCAAAGGUUUCUUUUUUAUUUUUGCCUUUCACGCGAUGUUUGAGAAGAGGUGAUUCGCUUAACAUCUAGCCCUGCUGAGUCAGAAAUGCUGCAGAUAUUUUGGCAUGAACAAAUGGCUGGGAUUGGUAGGUGGUGAAUGUGUGACUUGUAUGAUGACAUCACAGUAGAGAACAAUUGGACUUCGUUGUCCCAAGAGCUGUUGGUAUUUUUUUUCUAACUUGUCUAGAACAGCACCCUGUGAGCUAUGCAUUGACUGUUUUUAAUGCUUUUGUGUGUAAAUGAUACUGGCAACCUUUCUAGGUGGUUUUAAGUCUUUCCAGAAGUACUGAAAGUUGCAGAUUGGUUGAGGCUCUUGGAUUUAGAUGUUGUGUGCACUCCUUAUGGAGUGAGGGCAGCUGAACAUCAUUUGACAGCUUGAACUGACCAAUAAUUUACGUUAAUCGUAAAAACGUAUUGGUUUUGGGGAAUCUCCUUUCUGCAUACAACGUCAAAAUGGUAGGGGGCGAUGAGUGCUGCUUCCGAAGGUUUUUUCUUUUAAGCCUUUUUUUUAAGCAGCCCCCUCUAUCUGAUUUAGAAAUCUUUACAGACAACCUUAAGCUGUAACCAAAUCCUUAAUGCUGCCUUAAAAAGUAUUCUGAUAAGUACUAGCCAUCUUCCCCCCCCCACAUUUAACCAAAAGUAAUGUGUAUUUUUCUGUUUGCAAGGUAUCAGUAUAGAAUAAUUGCUAGACUGCUAUUUCUCUGUGCUCGUGAGCUUUGAACAACCGUCCGUAGUAAGACGUGGAUUUGGUCUUAAGCAUUUCAGUAAGAUUGUGGUUGAAGUAUUUAUUUUCUAAGCUGAGCCAUCAGGAGAAAAGCCAUAAAGAAGCCCUGUACUGUACACAGAACUUGGGAGGAGAUGAGUGUUUUUCCUAGAUCAAAUAUCAUAUUGUGAAAAAGGGGGUAAUCACAUUUUCAUACACUUUUUAAGAGGAAACCUGAAAAUUGAUUGGAAAGAAGGUGUCAUAACUGAAUAGGGUAUUCCAACAGUCAGAUCUCUUUCUAAGCUUUUUUUUAUGCCGUUUCCCGAUUUUGUGCCCUAGUGGUGAAAAUGUAGAAGAGUAGUUUUUCAUAUGCAGGCAGUAUGAAUUGGAUCGUCAUUUGUUUUUGGUAGGCAUUUGUUUGUUGAACCUUUUGUCCGGUUGGCAUUAGGCCACUUUGCAAAAUCUGCAAACCAUUUAGAACACAAUGUCCCAACCCAGGAAUGUGAGAUAACUGAGGUCCCAUGUGCUUGAAAAUGGUUGCGGAAAAGCUGUUGUGGUUGAGCACAGAGGGUCAUUCUCACCCCUUCCUCAACAUCAUAUACGUGAGGUCUCCAUGACUGACCUUUUAUUUAAAAAAAAUGGGUGAGGCUUCCAAGUGGCAGAACUGGUCAAACGCUCGCUGGAGUGCAGAAUGGCAUGUUUGAUCUAGACACCAUUGGGGAUUCAAGCAUGUUCAUGUUGCGGGUCAGCUGUAAACGGGAUUCCUGAGGCAGCAGUGUACAAUUGGUACAGCACCAAUUGCAGUUAGGCCAGGAUUAGUCAGCCACAGCAGCUCUUGCAGGUUCCCAGGUGCCUGCAAGCAUGCAGGGUGGUCAACCAGAGGUGUGGCCCUCCCCCAGUCAUUGUUGAGCCUCCUAUACCAUGUGGUAAGAGCAGUGGCUCGACACUCAAUUAGUUCUGCCUGCGUGUGGCUGCAGUGUUUGUAGCCAUGAGCCUUAACAUGAAAUGUCCACCCAGGUGCGUGUUAUAUAAAGAAAGAUCAUGUAUACAAGAUACAAUCAGAAACAUGAGCCGUCUUAUUAAAGUAUUUGUUGAACAUACUGUAACUUUGUGUAUGCAACUCAUUGAGCUCCUACAGAUCAAAGCUUUGAUUAAAAGUUUUCCGUUUAUCAGCAUUUCUAUAAUGUACCAGGAAGAAUAUAGAAUUGUUUUCCGCUUCCUGUUGGUGGAACUGUUUGUACAUAGCAGUUUUGCAAGGUUAAGUAAUGCCUACUAAACUUGCUAAAACUCCAUUGUCGUAUGAAAGACUUGAUACGUUGAAUGAAUUAUGAAGAAAGGGAAAGCUCUUGUUUUUUACUCGAUGCUUAACCAGUAAUGGUAUAAUCAGAUUUAUUAUACCGAUUUAAACCCUUGCAUCUACAAAGUCUGUUUAUUUUAGACAUCUGAAAAUUUGACUGAUUCUUACAGCUAUAUUUUGCUAUUGAAUGUAUUUUAGCACAAUAAACCCUAAUUUUCAUGACCAUUCUUUUUUUCAAGUUUUAUUGCAUAGACCUCCGUUCAGUACCCUCCAAUGUAGACGUCUAAAUGUGUUCUCAUGGGUUAUAUCCCGAAUCAUUCAAAGGACAAAGUCCUAGUUAGUGUGCAAAAAUCAUAAUACCGUCAUAUGCAAGUACCACUCAGACUUUAGACCUGAAGUAUAAGGUGUUGAAAUUAAUAAUAAGUGUAAAAAUGCUAAAUUACAUGUUUUAAAUAUCCAAGUUUAUUCAUUACAGUCACUGAUUGCAAGUCAAACUAAAAUCCUUUUGCUAUGAAUUCUGAAUGCUUUCUUCUAAGAAGCGAUAUUUAACAUUAUAGGAAGACAGCAGUCUAUAGAGAUGUGAAGUGUUUAUUCUUAAGAAUAUUUCACUAUUAUGCAGGAAGAGUUGUGUUAAAAUCUGUUUUGGUUUAUUGAUGUUAUCAAUCUAAGACCGAAAAAUGAUUGUAGCAGUUAAAUACAGUAUCAUUAUCCUUAAUUUUUUAAUUGAAGUGUUACUUAUCACCUUACAGCACUAAAGCUCUUCUCUAGCUCUUUAGUUCAUAGAAGAAUUUUACUUUGGCCUUAUUUAGGGUGGCUUCUGGUUUUGUGUUUUUGGUUAUUCAAGAGGGGUCAGAGGUUUGCAGAAAUCAAGUGACUGUCAAUAUAGAUUCCAACUGGAAUUGCAUCUCCGAAGAGUUGCAUCUCUGUGCUCUAUAAAUGAGGAUGACUGGUCUGGUUACUUAAAGCAAUCUGCUGUUAUCCUGUUGUCAGAAAAGAAUUAGAAAUGUAUUAUGCAUGUAAAUUUAGCAAUAAACGAGGCUGCGAUCGAACGGCUCUGAAGUUGGAGUGGUACUGUCAAGUUUGCUCAUGUGUGUAGAUAUCCCGGAUUAACUUCUCAUGUGUUUCAAAUGGUAGGUGGGAUAGACUAGUACUUUCAAGUUUGGUUUUCUUGUAAGCUUUUAAAAAGUCAUUCUAAUUAAGUGUUGAACCAGCUCUCGAGACAGGUUACCAGAAAUUACAGAGUGGUAGUACCUCAUCCAUAGGUAUGAAUGUUUUCGCAACGAUAUUGACUGGUCCCAGUCAAGCUUUUAAGCUUUGUAUCGUCUUCUCGCAUUGUAAAAGUAUCCAUUAAAACAAUUUAAUCUCCUUUACAUUAUUUUAAGCUUUGAAAAUCUGUAACACUUACAUUUAUUAUAGGUCCCUUUUGAACUUUGCUCAAAUUUGUAGUUACUACUUACUGUGAAAUGUUUUAUUUAUUCAAGUGCCAUUCUCUUUAUUUUCCCUAUUCUACAGCGCACUAUGCAAAUUAUCUGUAUUUAUUUGUAAAGAUUCUAGUAGCUCUGCUGUGCAUUAAACAAUCACAAAAGAAAAUAAAGAUGUUCUUUUAAAGUUGCAGAAAUAUUUUUUUAUUAUAUUUGUUAGGGAUUUUUUCAUUUUUGGUCAAUUAAUCUUUGAUGUUUACAAAUUGCAAAUAACUUGAAACACAGCAGCUAUUGUAUUUUUUUUCAACUUUUACAAUCUUUGUAAACUUUUCGAUUUGUAAUUACCAAGCUCAGAAUAUGAUCUUUUUCCACUUUUUUGGUCCUUUUGUUUUAUAUUUGGUUGUGCAUCGAAGCAGGGACUGUAAAAUUGAGUAAUAGAACCUGCUAUGUAAAGUGUAAACUUUGAAUAUAUUAAAUAAGGAUUCACAAUGCUUUUAGUCAGGGGGGUACUUUGAUACUAAAUGGAAGUAUAGUGCACAGAUGACUCACAAUAGUGAAGAUCAUCUUCACAUGCUUUUAACUUGUUUAAAAGCAUCUUUGUUGGUAAUGUAGGGUCUUUGUGUCAAUGCAUACUGACACAAAAAUGUACAUUCUGUGCCUUUAAAAAUGCAUAUAUUGCCAAGUGUUUGCUUACAAUGUCUGAAAUGGCACCCUGUACUUCUACUAAAUGACUGCAGCAAGUGCUUCUCACUUUAGAUUUGGAAUUACCUGUAUUAGUAUAUAGGAAGCUGUAUUAAUUUUGUAGAUUGACGUAGGCAUACCUUUAUAGUCACUGUGUUUGGCUCAACAUUGUUAAUACUCCUAAACAUAAUCUGUUCUUAAGUGUUUGAAUGUUGAUGAAAUGUGUUAUUGAUCUGGUCGUGGCUACAAUGAACAAGUAAUUGCUGAUCUGGGGGAUGGAGCUGUUUCUUCAAAUGUGAUUGUUCUUGAAGAGCUGCAGAUAAAAUGAUUUUUUUUAGACGCUAUUUAGAAAUUAUUUCUUGUCUGUUUUAUGUUUCUCUUGUCGAGUCACAACUUGAGGUAUUUCAGAUAGGCUUGGUGUCAACUACCAGUCAACACUCGGAGAAUUUUGAGAUUUAAAUACGUAAACUAUGCUAUUAAUAAAAUCCCGUUUUCUCAAUUUUACUACUAAUGAUUGAAAGCCAACAAGGAUCCAGAGUGCAAACUCUGUAUAGUUAUCCUUCCCAGAAGGUAUUGGCAUCUGAAUGACAAAAAUGAAUACUUUUAAUCUGUUACUUCUGAUGUUUUCUUGUUACCUUUUCAUAGAUCUUACUCCUUAGUAAAUCAUUUGGUAAAUAACUUUAGUUGAUUGUGAUAAUAUCUCUUGUGGCAAGCCUAGUUUUAAACUGUAGCUUAAAAUGUUGCCUUCAGUUUUCAAACACUGUAUAAAGAGCUGGAGAAUUCUUCUGAACUGUUCUUUCUGGAAGCUGUUAAUGGUUCUUAUUUAUGGGAAAGGAACAAAGCAAAGGCUCUAAAUAAUUAGUGAUGUGUGUGAAAACCAGUCAAACAAUGCUUGUCUUAAACCCAAAUGACAUUUGAAGCAACAGCUUUAAAUGUAACUCAUCUGUGGUCUAUGCUUUCUAGGUUACGUUUUUUUCCUCCAAGGAAAUUAGUAUUUAGUUGCUGCUUUGGGGAGUAGAACAGAGCCUGUACAAAAGACAACAGAAAAAUAUGUACAGUGCCACAGUUAGGUAGGAGUCUUAAGACUUAUACAUCUGAUUUUAAGUGAACAGCUGUAAAUAGUAAAGUUAAAAAUGAUUAAAUCUGUUCAUUACUAUCUCCAAGGUUUGUGUAAGAACUCCCUUUAUUAAAUGAAGGAAACAUU